GUCGUCGCCGCCAUUUCAAGACCGUGAGAGUCGAUGGCCAACCAGAGCCCCUAAGGUUGGAAGCCUGUACGUGCUGCCGCCGCCCCAGCCCGCCCAGGCCCUGGUCCGGCCGCUGCCCUCGCAGUCCUACCUCUCGAAACGUCUUGCGAGUCUUGGUGGCGCAGCGGGACCCCCUCACCCGCUCCUCGCUCUCCCUCCAGAAGCUCCAGAUGGCGUCUUCCGUGGGCAACGUGGCCGACAGCACAGAACCAACGAAACGUAUGCUUUCCUUCCAAGGGUUAGCUGAGUUGGCACAUCGGGAAUAUCAGGCAGGAGAUUUUGAGGCAGCCGAGAGGCACUGCAUGCAGCUCUGGAGACAAGAGCCGGACAAUACCGGUGUGCUUUUAUUACUUUCGUCUAUACACUUCCAGUGUCGCAGGCUGGACAGAUCUGCUCACUUUAGCACUCUGGCAAUUAAACAGAACCCCCUUCUGGCAGAAGCCUAUUCAAACCUGGGCAACGUGUACAAGGAAAGAGGACAGUUGCAGGAAGCGAUUGAGCAUUACCGGCAUGCAUUGCGUCUCAAGCCAGAUUUCAUCGAUGGUUACAUUAACCUGGCAGCCGCAUUGGUGGCAGCAGGUGACAUGGAAGGGGCAGUCCAAGCUUACGUCUCUGCUCUUCAGUACAAUCCUGAUUUGUACUGUGUUCGCAGUGACCUGGGGAACCUGCUUAAAGCCCUGGGUCGCUUGGAAGAAGCCAAGGCAUGUUAUUUGAAAGCAAUUGAGACGCAACCGAACUUUGCAGUAGCUUGGAGUAAUCUUGGCUGUGUUUUCAAUGCACAAGGGGAAAUUUGGCUUGCAAUUCAUCACUUUGAAAAGGCUGUCACAUUGGAUCCCAAUUUUUUGGAUGCUUAUAUUAAUUUAGGCAAUGUCUUGAAAGAGGCACGGAUUUUUGACAGAGCUGUGGCGGCUUACCUUCGUGCCCUAAGCUUGAGUCCAAAUCAUGCAGUGGUACACGGCAACCUGGCUUGUGUAUACUAUGAGCAAGGCCUCAUAGAUCUGGCAAUAGACACCUACAGGCGAGCUAUUGAACUGCAACCACACUUCCCCGAUGCUUACUGCAACCUAGCCAAUGCUCUCAAAGAGAAGGGCAGUGUUGCUGAAGCAGAAGAUUGUUAUAAUACAGCUCUCCGGCUGUGUCCCACCCAUGCAGACUCGCUGAACAACUUAGCCAAUAUCAAACGAGAACAGGGAAACAUUGAAGAGGCAGUUCGCUUGUAUCGCAAAGCAUUAGAAGUCUUCCCCGAGUUUGCCGCUGCCCAUUCAAAUUUAGCCAGUGUCCUGCAGCAGCAGGGGAAACUGCAGGAAGCUCUCAUGCAUUACAAGGAGGCUAUUCGGAUCAGCCCCACCUUCGCCGAUGCCUACUCGAACAUGGGAAACACGCUGAAGGAGAUGCAGGACGUGCAGGGCGCCUUGCAGUGCUACACCCGAGCCAUUCAGAUCAACCCUGCGUUCGCAGACGCCCACAGCAACCUGGCUUCCAUUCACAAGGAUUCGGGGAACAUUCCGGAAGCAAUAGCCUCUUACCGCACUGCUCUGAAACUUAAACCUGAUUUUCCUGAUGCUUACUGCAACUUGGCUCAUUGCCUGCAGAUUGUCUGUGAUUGGACAGACUAUGACGAGCGAAUGAAGAAGCUGGUCAGCAUUGUGGCUGACCAGUUAGAGAAGAACAGGUUGCCCUCCGUGCACCCACAUCACAGUAUGCUGUACCCUCUCUCGCAUGGCUUUAGGAAGGCCAUUGCUGAGAGGCAUGGGAACCUCUGCUUGGACAAGAUCAAUGUCCUUCAUAAGCCACCAUAUGAACAUCCGAAGGAUCUGAAGCUCAGUGAUGGUCGACUGCGUGUAGGAUAUGUGAGUUCUGACUUUGGGAACCAUCCUACUUCCCACCUCAUGCAGUCCAUCCCAGGCAUGCACAAUCCUGAUAAAUUCGAGGUGUUCUGCUAUGCCCUGAGCCCAGAUGAUGGCACGAACUUCCGAGUGAAGGUCAUGGCAGAAGCCAAUCACUUCAUUGAUCUUUCCCAGAUUCCAUGCAACGGAAAAGCAGCUGAUCGGAUCCAUCAGGAUGGUAUACACAUCCUUGUGAAUAUGAAUGGUUAUACCAAGGGGGCUCGAAAUGAACUCUUUGCUCUCAGGCCAGCUCCUAUUCAGGCAAUGUGGCUGGGAUACCCUGGAACUAGUGGGGCGCUUUUCAUGGAUUAUAUCAUCACCGAUCAGGAAACCUCACCAGCUGAAGUUGCUGAGCAGUAUUCUGAGAAACUGGCGUAUAUGCCUCAUACUUUCUUUAUUGGUGAUCACGCUAAUAUGUUUCCUCAUCUGAAGAAAAAAGCAGUCAUCGAUUUUAAGUCCAACGGGCACAUUUACGACAAUCGGAUUGUUCUGAACGGCAUCGACCUCAAAGCAUUUCUUGAUAGUUUACCAGAUGUGAAAAUUGUCAAGAUGAAAUGUCCUGAUGGAGGAGACAAUGCAGACAGCAGUAAUACCGCUCUGAACAUGCCGGUUAUUCCUAUGAAUACGAUUGCAGAAGCCGUUAUUGAAAUGAUUAACAGAGGCCAAAUUCAGAUAACAAUUAACGGAUUCAGUAUUAGCAAUGGACUGGCAACUACCCAGAUCAAUAAUAAGGCUGCCACUGGAGAGGAGGUUCCCCGUACCAUUAUUGUAACCACACGUUCUCAGUACGGCUUACCAGAAGAUGCCAUUGUGUAUUGUAACUUCAAUCAGUUAUAUAAAAUUGACCCUUCUACUUUGCAGAUGUGGGCAAAUAUUCUGAAGCGUGUUCCCAACAGUGUGCUGUGGCUAUUGCGGUUUCCUGCGGUGGGCGAACCUAAUAUCCAACAGUACGCACAGAACAUGGGCCUCCCCCAGAACCGCAUAAUUUUCUCACCUGUCGCCCCUAAAGAGGAGCACGUCAGGAGAGGCCAGCUGGCUGAUGUCUGCCUAGACACUCCACUCUGUAACGGCCACACCACAGGAAUGGAUGUCCUGUGGGCUGGGACACCCAUGGUAACUAUGCCAGGAGAGACUCUUGCUUCUCGAGUUGCGGCUUCCCAGCUCACCUGUUUAGGUUGUCUUGAGCUUAUUGCUAAAAAUAGACAAGAAUAUGAAGACAUAGCUGUGAAACUGGGCACCGAUCUAGAAUACCUGAAGAAAAUUCGUGGCAAAGUCUGGAAGCAGAGAAUAUCUAGCCCUCUGUUCAACACCAAACAGUACACAAUGGAACUAGAGCGGCUCUAUCUACAGAUGUGGGAGCAUUAUGCAGCUGGCAACAAACCCGAUCACAUGAUUAAGCCUGUCGAGGUCACUGAGUCGGCCUAAUGACGGUGCACGCAGGAGAAUGACCCCUCUACCUGAGCCUCAACCUUCAGGAAAGGGAACUCGAAAAUGUGCUUCUUACUUCCCUGUAUAGUAUGUUGCAGAUGGGUGACAAAUAGUGAUAAUAGAAUAGCACAGCCAGAGUUGCUUCGUGCAUGAUAGGAAGAGACACAGGAGAUGGGAAACUGCUGUUCUCCACGGAAUCGCCCCCGAAUUUGGCAGCAACCCGACGGUGCAUAGAUCUGGAAGGUCUGCUCUCCCUUGGUCUUCAUGGGAUGGUCAGUGCGGAGGGGACACCCAGAUUGUCCGGCUGUUUUGAUUCCAUUGCUUGAUCGAGUCUUCGGGAUUAAUUUUUUCUUUAUAUUUUGGGUAUUGGAGCUUUUAAAAAUGUUUGGUUUCAGGUGAUUUUAUUCAUGUGAAGUGUAUAUGAUUCUCUUGAGAUAAGGCUUUAAGCUAAAAUGUUGCUCUUUGUUUUAGUUUCUGAACUCUACAGAUUAAUGGGAACUUCACUGGUGUAGUCUUUUUAUAGGUUUUAUAAACCACUUGAGCCUAUAUCAGUCGUUUGAGUGUCCGACGUAAUGAUUGGAGCUAUCAGUACUUUUUUGAUUUAGAUGAUGAUUCUAAUUUUUUUUUCUGGUCCAUUUCCUUCCCCUCCCCCUACUUUAAACUUUCUCCUGUAACUCAGCUAACAAAACCAAGUCUGAUUCAAAACAUCCCAGAGUGUUUCUCUAAAACACAUCAUCCAGUGCCAAAUGACAAUUUUAGGAAUAAUGUUAAUCAUGAAGGGCAGAGUUGUACUGUCAUUGACCAUAAUGCGGAUUUUUGGGGCCUAGUUUUGAUCUAUCUCACCAAUGUUUUCCCUCCGGCUGCCCCUCUAUGCUGCUUCCCGAGUGAUAGUGUGCGAUAAGGUUCUGACCUUCCUUUCUAAGGUUUGUGUUUUCUUUUAAGUGAGUCCUGUUCUUCCCAUUUCUGUCAGCAGAAAUGAAAUCCCAGGUAAGUAUAAGUAUUCAAAUAUUUGCUCACUCAGUUAAAGUUAUUGCGAAUACGUUAAAUAACUUUAAUCCAAAACAUGUUAUAGGUAAAAAGCUCUGAAGGACCAGGACCAGCUGUGUCUAUGAAUAAUUCUUUUUCAGGCCUUCUAGGGUAUUAAAUACUAACUGUCUUCUGGACUUGGUCUUGAAGUGUGUGGAUUCAGCCUUAGCAGUAGCCAGCUGCGCUGCUAGUUGAUGUGGAAUACAAAUUAGACUUCAGGCCAUCUGGAGCUUGAGUUCUUGCUAUUAAAGAUCAUAGGAAUAAAAUGAGUGCAUUUCAACACAUGAUGGAGGACUUGAGGCUUAAACAAACCAACAUAUGAACAUAUGUUUUGUCUUGCUGUGCUGCACUCCCGCUACCCAGUGACAGUAACAGGUCAUUUUUGUCUGCUAGUAGUGUCCUAGAUUAGAGUGUCUUCCCAAAGCACCAAGGCAGCGUGCUCCUUCUGUAGUCGCAGCUGAUGCCUGAAUGUAUCCUAGCUGACAAAUUCUCGAUUAAUAAGAACUUGAAUUUCUGAAAGUCUUACUGUUAACCAAAAUCUGAGCAAGGAGUCUCAAAUGUAACUUUUAGCCAGAAUUAUGUGUCGAUGAACUGUGUAUCUUUUAACAGUGUAAAUCAAGGAACAUCAGUUUAGGGAUUUCUUAAUUUAUUUUUUACCUGAUUGAAAUAUUAAAGGUCGCCGGCAUGGUUGCAGCUAAACUGAUGUCUGGAAUUCACCAAACUACUUAAUGUGGAUUAGAAAGAUAUACUUCUAGUGCCCUCGAGGCUGUGCUCUGACAGCCGUUUUACAUAGCACAUCGUUCCUCCGAUAGGGAUGAACUUUUUCCUGGCACGAAAGUAGCCGCUCUGGUUAAAGCUUUGCUCGUUGUAACAGGCUUUGGUUUCCGGGUUACAUGUCUAUGGAAAACUUAAUUAUGAAUAGAGAUAUUGAUAUUACUGGAAACUAAUUGUUUUUUCUAUUAUGCUCUGCUUUAUCAAAAAAAGUAAAACAUUUAAAUUGUGCUAAGGAAAUCAGAUGUUGUCUUGUGAUCUUUAAAUAAUAAACGAAUGAUUUGCCCUUA